AACUCACCUGAGCCAUCCUGGCUGUCAUGAUGCUCCUGGAAGAAGAGUUCAAUUUCUCUACUUUUAGGGACUGUCUCUCCGAACCCGUCAUCCGCAGGCUUGCGAUUCAGCCACAAAAACCUAAGCGGCGAGUAGCCAAAGGGAGAAAGACUGCAAUCAAACCUGUACAGCCCAAGGAGGUUCCAGAUGAUGUGCGCGCCGGAAAUGAUGCCGAGGAGCUGGGCGAGUUCAUAGAAUAUCUGGCCGAGGAAAUAUUCCCAUCUCUACCUGAAGAUUUACGCAGUCUUUCCUACACUGCAAUCACAAACGAUGCGUCUCUGGCGGACAAAUACGCUGAUCCCUUGGACGAAGCUGUCUUCGACAACCUCCUUGCGCCACUUCCCACUUCAGUAACCGACUCACUGCUUUCCUACAACCUCCUGUCCGACGCGUCCGCUCUGCAAUCAUUCCUUUACCCGGUGUUGGCAUCCUACAUCAACACCACCACCGCCCCGCCACCUAUCUGGGCGCAAACUCGCACCACUGAAUGCGAGCUUUGUGAGCGGGACUGGGUGCCGCUGACCUAUCACCACCUCAUCCCCCGAAUGGUGCAUGGCAAGGCGCUCAAACGCGGCUGGUGCGAAGAGUGGGAGCUCAACAAAGUGGCCUGGCUGUGUCGGGCUUGCCAUAGCUUUGUGCAUUCGAUUGCAUCGCAUGAGGAGCUGGCUAGGGAUUGGAAUGAGGUGGAGAAGCUGGCAGAAAGAGAGGAUGUGCAGAAAUGGGCACGUUGGGUCUCAAGGGUGAGGUGGAAAUCAAAGUAA